AUGACCACACAGUACAACAAUCUGCCCCAAAUCAAAUCUAUUUGGAUUGAUGAGGAUGAGGAGGCAGAGAAAUUGUAUGGGCUGCAGGCUCAGCAGAUGAUGGACUCUGAUGAGGAGGAGCAGUUUGGAGUUGUGACUCUGAACAGUAAGAAGCCCAUUCUGGAGAAUAAACAAAAUAUUGAAUUACCUCCUCUUCCACCCUCUGCGUAUGAGUUGAAGAAGUCUAAAUCUGCGUUGAAUCUGAUCAAAAAGAAGAACAAGUUGAUGAAGUUAUUUAAGAAUAAGAACACGAAGGAUUCAGCGACUAACGCUGGUGGGGGGAUAAAUAUAUCAGUGCCUUUUGCUUUCCAACACAUCAGUCACGCUAAUGGCAAGAACAUGUUUGGCCCUGAAGAAGUUACUGGAGUUGUAAGUGGCAACCGUGAUUCGCAUCAGGCAACAGAACAGAGGCAUUUCAGCAAGGCAUUUGUUACAGAUGCCCUUCCCUCAUCAACAGCUACUUCACCGCUGGAGGAAGCUAAUCGUUCUCGCAGAAGUAUAUCUUCAUCUCUCUCAGUUAGGUCCUCUAAUCGGUUAUCCAGAGUAUCUACUUCGAUGAGCACAUCUAGGGUAUUAUCAACAUCAACAAUGGCCACGUCUAUGUUGAUUGAUACACAUUCUUCACGCCCACUCGAAAAACUCAGUAGUUUAGAGAAGGUUCAUUUAGAACAGAAGGCUAAUAGACCCAGAACUGAAAGCUCUGUUUCAAUUGGUGAUAUUAAGAAUUACAACUUUCCUACACUUCUGGAGGAAUGUAUAAUGGCAGAUCUUCAAACUCCAGAUAAAACGGUAAAAGAUCAAGACAAAUUCGUUUGGGAUACUUGUGAGAACGCACACACACUUACAGAACAAAUGUUGCUGGAGCAAUUCGAUUUCUGUACAAUUCAUAGUCCAGUUAGCCCUCAAAGGAGAAAAUCAGAUUCUUUAUUAACUCCAGUUUUAAAUAUACAGGAUACUUUUGAAGAAAUAAGGACGCCAAUUGAAAGACGGUCUGUGGACGAUGAUUUACUUUAUUACCAUCAGCAUAGCGAAUCGGAAUCCACCACUACUUGCCGUUCAAGAAGUUUUUCAUUCGUUAAAGGAUCUCCAAAGCUAAACCAUAACGCUUUAAAGGACAAAGAUAGAGAAUCGCACAUGCUAUAA